AGGGUCGGUUGUUCGUUUAAGGUUUUCGCUGAUGUGACGAAUGACUAUUGCUUCAGAAUCAGUGAAGGAUUCUUUAGGAUUGGGAUCAUGAAUGCCAUAAAAUAUCAGAUUGUUUCGGCGCGAGUGGUUUUCGCUGUCGUCUAUACGGGAUUCAGGGUCAUGAUACCGGCGGGUUAUUGUAGCGCUUAAAGUUUUGAGGUCAUCUAAUUCAGUGCGCAUGCUUGAGAGCCGAUUGUAAUGCGAUUCAAGGUCAGUCAAACGCUUGCAUAUGUCAGCCAAUGUUACGUCCGUAGAUAGCAGGUGAUCUUUAACAGUCUGAAGUUCAGAGAUUAGUUUGGUUUGGCCUGCGGACACAAUUAUUAGUUCAGCGAGCACAGAAUCUAGCGUGGGUCCCGGGUUAGCUUCAAUAUCCCCUGCCAAAAGUAUUAAAGAACGGACCACUUGCAAACAUUCGACAAUAAUAACAACGCAGCACUGCGGGCUCGGCAGCUGUACUAAGAAGUAAUUGCUUGAUUUUUUACAAAGCAGAACCUGCGAGUUACCAACCUGCAUGGUAAAGAUGAACGGAUUAGUAGACCGUGCUUUCACACAGCUACCGAGCCCACAGAGCGGCGCAGACGGGUGGCACUCUCUUAUAGCGGCUGAGGUUGACGUUUGUUUCGUUGUGAUUGGCCAGGCUGGAUUGAAGAUUGCGACAUCUGGUGGCGGGACAGUAACGCGCAGAUUGGUCAGUGGAUAGCGCCAGUUGUGACAGCCAUCUUCGAAGUAGUUGGGGGCCGGAUUCGGUGCAGGUACGGCGUAGGCAGGCAGGAGAGCGACCAGGAGCGUGCUGGUGAUGGCGGCGACGUUCUACUUCAACCGCAUUCGAGUCCCUGCUUCUGUGGACGAGUGUUUGCGAUCGAAGCCAGAAGAAAACCCGGUUGGAAGGAGCGCCCAACGAUCGGCUGAACCAACUCGAGAGCCGCUGCUUCCAUUACCUUGAGCCGUCUACCUUUGCCGUCCCCACCGCCGUGAACCAGCAAGAUGACAGGGCUGGCAAUGAUCGCGGCUGCGAUGACUGCAGCGGUGCUCAGCUCCGUCCACUGCGCAAGCAUCACAGAGGGCCCGGAGUUUGCCGGCGGGGAGCAAGUCGCAGAGCUCAAGACGCGGCUUUCCGCCUCGAGCGGCGUCCUGAACAUCGGGGAGAGAAACUGGAAGGACGAGAAUGGCUGGGGGAGAAGCACGCACAAGUCGUAUGACCACGCCGUCGAGAUCACCACGCACACGUACAAGCAAAUCGGCUCGCUCUCCGGAUGGAUCAUCGCUGUCGCCGUCAUCGUUCCCCUUGCUGUGCUGAUCGGAAUCGUCGUGCUCUGCGUAUGCGUCUGCAGAGUCUGCGCGGCGCAAAAGGGAGGCACCCCGCACGUUUAUCAGGCAGGACCACCGCCUUACCCAGUUAGCCCCGGAACGGAAGCGGGACAAAAGCUUUGAGCCCUUGCACGGAUCUUCGCCCGUGGAAGCCACAAGCCUCCGCUUGGGAAGACUUCUCAAAUAUUUGGAAACGCUGCUCACAGCCUGUUGAUUUCUUGCUGAGUGCAGGGCCGGUAUGAUGUACCGAUUCCUUUCACGCGAUUCUAUUCCUUUGCUACAGUACGCCACUCACGCGCGGGUGAUCGCGGGAAUAAUGUACGUGCGCCGUACACGGCCUCAGAGAUUGCGAUCUCGCGCAUAGCGCGCGCGCUAUCUCGGAGGCGACGAUGCGGUGCGCCACCAAGACCGCUGGUGAAACGCGGAAAGGAACGGCGUAGGAAUGGAAUCGCUACAUUACCCCGGCCCAGGAUUCGUAUAGGGGUUAUUCGCUGACGUCAUGGCAUACCGAACAAAGCUAUGCAGAAACAAAGUUCCGCCAUCUUGCCUGCUUUCUUUGUUUUGCUGAAAAGACGAUAUCAUCCUCGCCUGUCUGCUUGAAGGAGCAAGAACGGCGGAAUUAUACAAUAAGGUAGAAUUCGGCUUUGCCCGCAGUGGCGCUUCCGCCUGAUGCAGCAUUUGAUGUUUGCAGGGUUUGGGAUCGAAUGAGCAACUAAUCGAGCUCCCUUGUCUUUCUGUCACCCGAGUUGAAAGGAGAAAAAAUGAGUAUAUAAUCGUAUGAAAUAAACUCUGAACGUGCUGUUUUUUGACGCACCGACAUAUCGGUUAAGUGCACAGCGGGCGUUUCGAAUAAAGGUUGUUUAGAUAAGGCUGCUGAAGGCUUAUGCAAUGAAACAGCCGCGUGUUUCCAUGCGCAGACAACGUGUGUUCGGAUGGAUAGAUGUUAUGAGCGUCCCCUUUGGAACGGGGCGGUGGGUUGCGCCACCAAGCUCUUGCUACUAUACUGCCUAAUAUUAUACCUAGGUUAAACAAUGAAAAAAGAAAAAAAACACUAUGAACUACCACGCCCAAAUUUUCUGAUCCCCUAUUGCGAGCUGUGCUUUUGUACGUCUCCGUCUUUUGUCGUUUCCCUACUUUUCUUGCACCAAUGCUCCAGUCGCCUCUUACUAAUGUCUAUUGCGGACAUGUUUGCUUUACCACUGCUCCCUCUGAACCCAAGGGCUUCAAGGAGGCCAGUGGUGCCUAAAUCGACCGCUGGGUAGGCCGCUGGUAUAACGAAGCCGUGCGCGCCCUAUCGGAGUCGUGGUGAUAGUUGAACUUGAAGUACGUCGUGUCUAUCGCGUACUCUGUGUAAUAAGGACGCGUAUGGGUUAUUGCCGUGGCUUGUGGAUCUAUUGUUCAUGGUUUUUGUAUCAGCCGCAUACCAUCGUUGCACGUAGGAAGGACUGCGACACGCAUGCUUGUAAGCAGGCAGAUUUACGCUGGCUGCUAAUUAUAUUCUCGUUCGCAUGUUCAUCACCGCAUUUCUUCCUCUCUCUCUCUCUUUUGACUUUCAGAUGUUCGAGUGUUUAUGAAGGCCAAAAAUAUUUGUUGAUUGAAGGCGAGAGGAGGAGUGAGCAGAUUGAUUAACCGUAAUAACGCUAAGCUUCCUACCCCAUAAUGUGGGAUUGGGGCGAUGCAUCCUAAAGACAAGCCAGAACAAAACUAACGCUCCUCACACAAGACAUACCGCCGAACAAAGGGAGCAGACGUUCCAGUGCGAUGCCAAGGUCUUUCCCUUUACAAACUACUUGCACAAACUGCAGUGGACACGAUCUUCCCCGCGUAAUACGAGGAGUGUUUGCCAUGGCAUAUCAUGUUUUUUGUGCGCUUGCACGCACUUUGCCGCCACGAUAGAUAUUUUCGAAUCUCAAACCUUAAUCGGCGGCUCCAUUAGAAAGUAUCAUGUCCUUGUAUACCGCGUCGCACUAUUGUAAUGCUUUGCGCUCAACGAAAGUACUCUUAGCCUUUUUUUGAGACUGGCCUCAACCAGACAUGCUUGGCUACUUGUUACUGCGUAUUCUGUGUACUCUGCCAAAAGGGAAGGGAAGCGCAGUCGAGGAAGGCUGAAAAUUAGGUGGGUUGGUGAAAUGAGGAAAUUUGCAGGCGCAAGUUGGAAUCAGCUAGCGCAAAAGAAGACAAAUUGGAGAUCACCGGUAGAGGCCUUCGUCCUGCAGUGGAGAAAAUAGACUGAUGAUGAUGAUGAUGAUGAUGAUGAUGAUGAUGAUGAUGAUGAUGAUGAUGAUGAUUGAGUGCAUGUGUAAGUGCGUACAAUAGAUGUGUCAUUUUAUAUGUCACCCUCUUCAUGUGCAGUAUAGCACGCUAGGCGUAUGGUCAGGCAAGCAUUCCAGCAUUCAUUAAAGAAUGUCUCACUCAUCUCUUGUUUUUGUGUUUCUCAAGAGCUACAGCGCUCAUUCUUGGCCUUUCCCCGAAGGACAAGGUCUGGCAGGAUGAGGCUCGGUCUGGCCGCUCGGGGGACGUGUAAACUGUGUCGCUGAAAUGGAGAGGGAGGGGGGAGGUGACGCAAAUUGCCUCCUCUGUAGCCAUCAUGUCCGAAUACAGGAUGCAGCAUCCCGUUAACUUUUGCGGAAGCUUACAAAAACAUGGCUGAGCUCUCUGUCUUUCCGUCUAUUCCUGAUUCCUCCU